CCUUUACUUCAUUUUUGUCCACCUCUCUCAGGUUCCAUUAACCUUCAAAAGUUUCAUAUACAUUCUCUCUGCUCAAAACUUUUUUCUUUCAAUACUUAUAAAUAAAUAUAACACAUCUUUCCUCUCUUGCAUCCCUCCUUAGCACAACAUUGCAGCUUUAAAUCAACUAAAUGGGUAGACAUUCUUGUUGUUACAAACAAAAGCUGAGAAAAGGCCUUUGGUCUCCUGAAGAAGACGAGAAGCUUCUCAAUCACAUCACCAAUCACGGCCAUGGCUGCUGGAGCUCUGUUCCUAAACUCGCUGGUUUGCAGAGAUGUGGAAAGAGUUGCAGACUAAGAUGGAUCAAUUACUUGAGACCUGAUUUAAAGAGAGGAGCUUUCUCUCCAGAAGAAGAGAAUCUCAUCGUCGAGCUUCAUGCUGUCCUUGGAAACAGAUGGUCACAGAUAGCUGCGAGGCUUCCGGGAAGAACAGACAACGAGAUCAAGAAUCUUUGGAACUCAAACAUAAAGAAGAAACUGAGACAAAGAGGCAUUGACCCAAACACACACAAACCCAUCUCCGAAGUUGACAAAGACAAAACAACAACAACAAGCAACAAGUCUCCUCCUAGCUCCUCCUCUCCAACUAACCAAGACUUCUUCCUCGAGAGGCCAUCUGAUUUCUCCGAAUACUUCGGCUUACAGAAACUUAACUUCAACUCCAAUCUUGGACUCUCUGUUACACCUGACUCUUCUCCUCUCUGCUCCAUGAUCCCGGCGCAGUUUAGCACAGGAAACAUGGUUGGUUCUGUCUUUCAGACUCAGGUUUGCGUGAAGCCUUCAGUUACUCUUGCUCCGGACAACACUUCAAACUUCUUCGACAGCGGCGGAUUCUCAUGGUCAGGCCCAAACUCAUCUUCUUCUUCUUCUUCACUAGUUAAACCUAAUCAUAACUUGGAAGAAAUGAAGUGGUCAGAGUAUUCAAUGAACACACCGUUCUUCAAUGGGAGCACUCAAAACUCUCAACCGAUCUACAUCAAAUCAGAGGCAGAGUACUUAGCCAAUGUUUCGAACAUUACAGAUCCUUGGAGCCAAAGCCAGAACGAGAAUCUAAACACACCUGAAGAUAGUGACGUGUUCUCCAAGGAUCUUCAGAGAAUGGCCGUCUCUUUUGGUCAGUCCCUUUAGGUUUCUUUUUUUUCUUAAUUCUAACAGAUGUAGAGAAAAAAAAAACAUAUACUAUACAUGCAUACGUAUACAAUGGGUUGAAGUGGUUUGUAUAUUCAUGGGGGUAAACAAAAUGAGCUGUUUUUAUUUAUAUUUUAAGUGUGUUUUAUACGUCAAAUAUUCUUCUAUCUUUUGCAAACCUUUCAGUCUCAUAUUAUAUAGUUUUAUAUUUUUGUUUUGUUGUUGAGAUUAUGAUGUAUAGUAUUCUCAGAUGAUUCCAGAGGUCUGUCUAUGCAAUUAAUCUGUUGAAGAACAAUGAUGAACGUAAUAAAUUAGUUUCUGUCUGUU